UACUACCGACUUCUCCUGCAACUUCUCAAUGACCCAGAUCCUGCCAUACCAUUAUAACACAGCCACAAUCUAUGAUUCUUGCUGCAUCACCUUAAUUGAUACUCCAAAAGGAAGCGAUGCAAGGAAUGAAUCCCUCUGCAUUUCAACUGAAAAACUUUUGUACAGAUACCCUCACUGCAUUUGGGAUUGGAAUGCUGGGAUAGUGUGGGGUCGGGUCUUUCCCCUGCAUGUCUCUGUCAUGGAGAAAUCUGAGUUAACCUUUAACAUAUCAGUGCCUUGGCUUCCACAACCACUUCCACACAAAACUAUGUUGAACAGAACAGUUCAGAGCCUGGUGGAGGAGGUCUUUAAUCUACUAGACAUGUCAUCUUCUAUAUGUGGACAGUAUCUAGUGAAACUUUGUGACUCUGAGGAAUACCUCAGAAAUGAAGAGAUCUUAGGGUUUUAUGAGAGUAUCCGUUUCUACCAGAAGUUUGGUCUGGAGGUGCCUGUGAGAGUUAUUCAGAGGAACAGUAUGGAGAAUCUUCUGGCACGAGAUUGUGCAAGUAAUGUAAAUAACAUUAUUAAGGAGGUACGUUCCAUUUGCAAUCUCCUGUGUGGCAUCUCAACAUCACAGCUGGAGCAAGCCAUAGGACGACUCAGGACAAUCUGUCCAGUGAUGCUGAGUCCUGAAGAGAUUCAUGAGUGUGAGACAGCUGUAGUUAUACUCCAGCAAACCUUGGAGAAGCUCCUAAACAACUUCUUUGAAAACUUUAACUCAGACGUAAGAGUAAGGGACAUGUCUCCGUGCCUGACUGCCACUGAUGUAGACCUCAAUUCUAACAUACUACAACUAAACCUGGCCACACUCUACAAAUUGCAGCCCAGCUGGCUAAACAGCUUUGACUUCUUCAGUAUAUCCUGCAGUGUGACAUACUGCAGAAUGAAGCUAGCUGAAACUGUGGUUUCUGAAAACAUCAGUACUGCUUUAGCUCUGGGCAACACAAUCCACUGCAACAGACAGGUGGUGUUUCCAGUGCCAUAUAGACAGUUACCAUAUGAGGCGAUGUUAGCUUUUCGCCUCCAAGGCUCAAAGAAUGGAAAAAACCCAGAACUCUUGUGCUGGGCAGUCCUGCCUCUUUUUAGUAAGAAGAUUCUGGUGAGGGGUACUGUCAUCCUUAGUAUGUCCAUGCUGGUGGAGCUCACUGAUCCUCCAUGCCCUGCAUUGUCUGAGAAUCACAGGCAGACAACAGGGGUCAUCUUACAGCUUGAAUUUCCAGAGACAAAGCAGUGGCAAUAUGAGAGACCAGUUGCUCUUCCUGGAUCUGUUCUCUUUUCAACCCCAUGUGAGGAUCUGCAGAAGAGAAUAGUUGAAGUCUCUCAAAAACAAUGUUUAGCACUCAUGACUGAAAAUGAGAAAGCCUUUUUAUGGAACAAGAGGAACUACUGUAAUGAGAGUAACUCCUAUCUGCACCUGGUACUGGGUUGCGCUCCACAGUGGCAACCGACAGAUCUAACAGAGAUCUACACAAUCUUGGACCAUUGGCACCAAAAAGGCUCCGCUGAUGCCCUAUUCCUUCUUUGUGCAGACUUUCAAGACCAGACGCUGCGCCGUGUGGCUGUCCAACACUUUGAGCGUGUCACAGAUAGUGAGCUUGAGGAUUACCUGCCCCAGCUUGUUCAAGCUUUGAAGAUGGAAUGGGAAUUAGAUGGACCUCUGACCAUGCUCUUGUUAGAACGCUCUCUGUGUAGCGUCCGAAUUGCCCAUCAACUAUACUGGCUCCUAGUGGAUGCCCAGGAAGAUGCCCAUUACAAGUGCUGGCUGAGUAAGAUUUUGGCUUCUUUGAAACACUGUUGUGGCCGGGCACUAAUGCAGGAGUUGGAAAGGGAGCACAGACUGGUCUCUCUUCUCACGGAAGUCGCAGAGAAAGUCCACAAAGCUGACAAGGCUAAGAGAAAGGACAUACUGAAAAGAGAGAAAUGGAAGAUUAAGGAAUUUUUUAUAGAUGGCACACAGUGUCGUCUCCCACUGAACCCAGCUGUUCUGGUGAAGGGUGUGGACAUAGAUGCCUGCAAGUUCUUCAGUUCAAAUGCUGCACCUUUGGGAGUGUCCUUCAUCACAGCUGAUCCAAUGGGCAAAUGCAUCAGUGUUAUUUGCAAGACAGGUGAUAACCUGCAGCAGGACAUGCUGGUGCUGCAGAUUGUGCGGGUGAUGGACCGGCUGUGGCAAGAGGAGGGACUGGACAUGUGUAUGGUCACCUACACGUGCAUCUCUACUGGCAAAGACCAGGGACUUGUGGAGGUUGUUCCUGAAGCUGUGACUCUGGGAAAGAUUCAGCAGGAGUGGGGCCUGGGUGGAGCUCUGAGAGAGGACACACUAGAGAAAUGGUUUCACAUGAGAAACAACACAAAGGAGGAUUAUGAGGCGGCUGUAAUGAAUUUCCUGCACUCCUGUGCAGGGUGGUGUGUGGCCACAUUUAUUCUGGGCAUCUGUGACCGCCACAAUGACAACAUCAUGCUAAAACACACCGGCCAUAUGUUCCACAUUGACUUUGGAAAGUUCAUGGGCAACGCUCAAAAGUUUGCCAACAUCAAGAGGGACCGAACUCCAUUCAUCUUUACGUCAGAAAUGCAGCACUUCAUCACUGGUGGGGGAGAGAACCCACAGCGGUUUCAUCGAUUUGUAGAGUUGUGCUGUGAGGCAUACAACAGCUUGCGAAGACGCACUGCACUGGUCCUUAGUUUGCUGCAAAUGAUGCUUGGGGCUGGGAUGCCAGAAAUGAAGGACACCCAGGACCUGCAAUAUGUACACAACAACCUGAGACCUCAAGACACUGAACUGGAAGCUACCUCAUAUUUCACUAAAAAAAUAAAGGAGAGCAUGGAAAGCUUGCCUGUCAAACUCAACUUCCUCAUUCACAACAUGGUGCAACUUUCCUCAGAGAAACAACCCGGACUGCUCGCUGCAGUCAAAAAAACUUCCUCCAGCACCAACAUUCAGGAGGCCAUGAUCCAAAAAUACACAGUAAAGGGCAGGCAUGUGAUUUAUGAACUGAGGGUGACCAUCGAGGAUGGGUACCUUAUCAGUGAGAAACGUUAUGGACAAUUUGAAAUGAUCCACAAGCAGCUUCAGAGACACUUCAUUGAGUCAACACUGCCCAAGUUCCCUAGCUGGUUUACAGUCUCUUUCACCCCAAGCCAAAAGAUGUCACUCUUGAAUACAUAUCUGAAAGAAUUGUUUGAAGGGCCCUGUAAAGGAAAUGAAUACGUCUGUGGACUUUUUCUGGAUGGGCCAAUUACUCCAAUAAAAAAUGAAUCUGAUCUGCAACCCAAUCCCCAGAUUCAGCUAUAUUUAUCUUAUAAAGACUUGAAAUUGUCAGUGAUGAUCAAGCAUCUAAAGAACAUUAGGUUAUCUAAUGGCUCAUGCCCUGAUGCAUACGUAGUUACACGACUCAGACCAGAUCCAUAUGGCCAUUCCAAAAAGAAGACCAAAGUGGUCCGUAACAAUAACAAUCCUACAUUCAAUGAACUGAUUGAGUACAGAAAUGUCUUGAGUCUACAUGGCAGUGUACUAGAGGUGAUGGUGAAGAGCAAGAAAGCUUUUGUAGCUGCUGCUAACAUUGUACUGGCAGAGAGUGUGCUGGACAGAGAGCAGUGGUUCCAGCUUGGCAACAAUCCUAUCUGAGACAGAAAGUAUGCUGAACAGAGAAAGAGAGGAGUUUUUCUAUAGAUCAACAUGGUCAUAUUCACCACAAAUCAUGUCUCCUGUUUUAACUUGUAUUUGUAGAAUACACAUCUUAUUGUCAUAAACAAAUUGCUUUGAAUAUAUAGAUACUUGGAAUAUAUUGCUACAAAGUCCUUAUAAAGCUACAUGAGUUCUUUGCAUAAGAAUGUAUUUUUUUUUUAUUUCUGCUUAAAUAGGGUUUCUGUUUUUAAAUAUUUAUUCUAUAAAUUCAAUUUUGUGCUAAUGCAAAAACAGCCUCUCUUCCACUGUAAGGCCAAACAGUUAUUAAGGCCAUGUCAGACCGUACUGCACGAGAACAGCUAAGUUUUGUUGUCCUGAAAAUUUAAAACCAGAAGUAUUUGAGGCAGCAAUGUAUGUCACUAAACAACUCCACUCAAUGUGUGUGUCUGAGGAGAUGGAUAAAUUAUGGAGUUGUGUAGACGGUUUUUAGUGUCUCUAUUUGUGUGCAAAACAGCACAGGAUAUAAUCAAAUGACAAACAUUGGUUACUAGAAAGAAAGCAACAAGAAGAAGCUUGCCUCCAUUUGUGUAGAAUGAAUGAGAGUCCCUACAUCAUUACGCUAUCCCAGCUGAAAUUCUGCAGAUCUCAUCACAGUUUGCUAAUUGUGCUUAGAACACCAUUCUGAGCAAUGUUCAGUAGUGUUCCAUGCCGAAUCGUGCUCAUGUGGAAAUGUGACUAGAAUGGUUACUUUCCUUAACUCAGAACCGUUCAGCCCUACACUGGAAAAGAAGCUUUUGUCUCAACUGUAAAUAGUCUAUAUCGGCAUUAAUUACCUGCUUAUUUGGCAUUUUGAGAUUAUAUUGAACAUGCUUGCUUCAUUGAGCUGAAACGGACAAUGAUAAGUCACUUUUACACAGCUUCGAUGUACACAGUAUUCUUUAAUUAUAUUUGUGGUGUUAUAAGAUUAAGGGUGGCAAUAUGAGGGACACAAUGCAUUUUUAGGACAUGACAGAUCUGUUAAGAUUUAAAUACAUCUUGAAGGGUUUAAUACUACCCAACAACCCAUGAUGAUGCAUUUUAGUGCCUGUUGCGGGGGGGGGGGUGUGUGUAUCUUUUU